CUCUCUCUCUCUCUCUCUCUCUCUCUCUCUCUCUCUCUCUCUCUCUGUCUCGCUCUCCUUCCCUCCUCACUGUUCGGUGUUGUUGAUCUGCAUCAUGGCUCUGUUGCUUCUCCUCCAUCUCCUUUAAUCACAGCUUUAUCUCUUUCGGUUAUUGGCUUUGAUAUCUUCAUCUCUUCCUCCUUUACCUGUUGGUUGCCUGCUCUCUCGCUCUCUCUUCAUCAUGGAUCUGUCCUUCAUGGCAGCGCAGAUCCCUGUAAUGACGGGCGCCUUCAUGGACUCGUCUCCGAACGACGACUACAGCACGGAUCACUCGCUCUUCAACUCCUCGGCCAGCGUCGCUCUUCACCAGCAGGAGGCGCCACAGAGGUUUUCCCGAGACGCUAUCUGGCUCUGGAUCGCCAUUUCUGCCACCAUCGCCAACAUCGUGGUGGUCGGAAUCGUCUACGCAUGCACAUUCUGAACUUAGGACCUGGGGGAAAUAAAAUGUAGGCUCACACCAGAGAUCUUCACCCCUGGGGUUAUUUUCCUUUCACUCUCUCUCUGAGUCUCUCUGGUGUGAGGGCAUGUUUUUAUAGUAGAUUUACACAUGGAUGUAUUUUACUGAGGUUGUGUGUUUAGAUUCAUGAGAAGGUCCAAGGACCAUCCAGGAUCUGAUUUCCUUCUCAGACCUGUAAAGCAAAAACCUGCCGAUUUAUACUCACUUUAAUCAACUCCAGGAUUUGGGUUAGGGUUCGUUUGCUGUUUUCUUUUUUUUCUUUUCUUUUCUUUUUUUUUCUUUUCUGUUCUGUUCUGUUCUGUUUUGAGACUGUAACCCAAAUUCUUAUACACAAUGUUAAUUUAUUGAAUUCUUUGUCCAUCUUUUUUUCACGCACAUCAGUAUAGAGAUGAUUGUUAGACACAUAAAUAUAAUUGAAUUAUUAUGAUUAGUAUAUAAACGAUUCCUUUUCCUUUUAUACCUGUUUUCUGUACACAAGUCCACAAUGUGUUGAUGUGCUGAAAUCUGAAACAGAGAUUUUGUAGUUAUUUUUGUUGUAGUUGAUGUAUAAAGUGCCACUCAACCUGGAAGUGAUAUAUAACAGUAUUUUUAAUGACUUUCUGUUCACAUAUUUUGGGAGAAAAUCAAAGCGGGUGGAUGAGGAAGUGGUUGUGGGGUAUAUUUUGUAUAUAGUGGAUAUUUUUGCCCUCAGUAGGCUGAUUGUGUACGUAGGUAUUUUUUAAAGCUUUAAAUGUAUAGAACACACAGAAUGCUAUUUUAUGUCUCUGUUUAAGUUUCUGGAUGAUUUUUUUGAUAUUAGAGAAAUUAAAUCUACAUGAUAAUCAACUA